ACAUUUGGUGCUGUUCAAAUUCUCGACUGUGUUUUCCAAAAUAAUACUGCAUGUAACGAUUGCUCUAGCAUCUCGGGCCUUAAGAUAAGAUUCCUGUCUUCGUACGGGAGUGGACAUGAGACUGCUGGCAGUGCAAGCAACUACACUAUAGCACACUGUCAUUUCCGAAACAACAAAAAUGAAGGGGCCUUGUCUUUUCACUCCAAUAGUUUAGCAGGGGGAGUUGAGCUGCAGAUUGAAGAAGACAGUACUGGAAACCUGGUCUCCCUUGUAGAUGUACGCAUAGAAAACAACGCAGCAACAUGGGGAGGGGGAAUGGUGAUUGAAUUUGGUGGAAAUGCUCAAAACAACCACGUCUCACUCAGUCAAGUGACAUUCAGAAGUAAUGCUGCUGCAAAAGCUGGCGGCGGUUUAAAUGUUGGUUUCAUUGAGGGCGCAUCUGACCCGCCAAUUACUAACACUGUGUACGUAACUGACUGCGAAUUCAUAGACAAUAUUGCGAAAUAUGGAGCAGGGACUGCCAUAUAUGCUAGUCACACUAACUGUGCAGAGGAGUCAGAUGACAACGGCAGUGCACUGGUUUUCGAAUCCUGUAGAUGGGCGGGAAACAUUGCCGCAUUUUUUGGAUCCACAGUCGACAUUUCGCCUUACUCAUACGACACCCUUGAAAGAAUCUACUAUCCUCACCCACGGUUUGUCAACUGUGUGUUUACUGCAAAUCACACCCACGAACAGAGAAACCAGAACCUACUGAUUAACGUGGGCUCUUUUGCAGUCAACGCAUUUGAGGUCCUUUUCGAAGGAACAGUGCGUUUCCAAAACCACUCAAUUACUCCUCUACAUGUGACAGACGGUACCGUGACCUUCCUACCUGGGACGAGGGCGUUUUUUGAAAACAAUAGAGGAUCGCAGGGCGGUGCACUGGCUCUGUUUGGAUCGUCAGUGCUGCAAGUCUUGCGCAACACGAUGUUAUCAUUCGUCAACAACUCGGCUUCUGGUGACGGUGGUGCCAUCUACCAGAGUACUCAAAACCACCAUGACUUUUUCUCUUCCCGGACGUGUUUCAUUCAAAAUGGAGGUGAAACGUACCGCGACGCUAAGGAAAGACCCACUCUCUAUUUCAGGGGUAAUCGUGUUGGCCAUAAAAGUCAAACGGGGCAUGCCCUAUACGCUACCACUUUCCUCCCAUGCUAUUUUUCGCAGUUCGGUCGUGUUCGUUUCUCUGAAGAUGGUGUCAUGAAAGCUCUUCAGAAAAUUGCUUUAUUCCAUUUUGAUAACGACACAGUGGCGUUGGCAACCUCACCGCAGGCAUUUGAGUCCAACGAAACAGACCUAUCGGUGAUUCCUGGCAGGGUUGCUAAAAUUAACGUCACAAUGAAGGACGAGCUUAACAAUAUAGCACCAACUGUUUACCGAGUUAUACAAAACGACACGUGCCCUGCAGACAGGCAAUUCAUAAUUAACAGUUUCACGAUCAAUACACGUGAGGAAGAGUGCACCCUGUCCCUGGUUUCUGUCAACUUUCGCGAAUCCCUACUCAAAUUAAACAUAACUUUGGAAAAGUGUCCGCCGGGAUUCUAUAUGGAUGACACCAGCCAAGCCUGUUCUUGUUCUGCUUACGUGAAAACGGAAGCCUAUUUUGGAAUCAAUUCCUGUCACGACCAGCAGAUUAAUGCCUUCUUGAGUAACAACUUUUGGGCAGGCUACGACGAUGACGAGAAACUUCUCACCGCACGCUGCCCAUCUUCUUUCUGCAUCAUAAAACUAGACAGAGAAGUGCAUGGGAUCAUGCUACCGAAUACAUCGUCGGGCGCAGACCUCCAGAAAGCUGUGUGUCGUCCUAACCGAGCUGGCUGGCUGUGCGGAAAGUGCGAGGAUAAACACACCACGUACUUUCACUCGCCCACGUACCAGUGUAGGCCACGGCGUUACUGUGCAUGGGGGGUCCUGUUCUACUUCAUUUCAGAAGUUUUCCCGAUCGUUGCAAUGUUUUCUGUUAUUGCAGUCUUCGACAUUCGGUUUACUACUGGGACUGCUAGUGGUCUAGUGUUCUUUGCUCAGAUAAUUGACACUGUCACGAUUCGCAUGAAGUGGGACUCGGAACAAUCGAAACUUAUAGAAGUUUUAAGUAUCAUUUACAGAGUGAUAUACGGACUGUUCAAUUUCAAUUUCUUCAACUUGGAAUCAGCUUCUUUUUGUCUCUUGCGAAAUGCGACGGUGCAAGAUGUGAUAGCUUUCAAGUACAUAUCAGUACUGUUUGCUUUCGUUUUGCUACUGUGCAUAGUCCUGUUUCUAAAGUACUGCACUUGCAACAACUGCCUGAAAACAAAGAGUAAAGUGUUUGUAGUCUGGAAAAACAGGUCUGUCGUACAUAGUAUGUCGGCAGUCUUGGUCAUGUGCUAUGCACAGUGCACUAACAUUUCAUUUCAGAUUCUCACAAAGACAACACUGAGGGGUGCUGGGAAUGAACCGGUCCACAGCGUCACGCUAUACGGAGGCGUCAAGUACUUUUCCUCGGAGCAUCUAGUCUAUGCACUGGCAGCUUGCUUCUGUCUGUCUACGAUUGUUGCUAUCCCACCGGUGCUUCUGUUGGUGUAUCCGGGUUACCUGACCCUUUUCUCGUUUUGUAAGCUGAGGCUGCUAUCGAGACAAACUCAGAUUCUUCUCCGGAGUCUAUUUUUUGGGACGUGUAGCAAUUCUCGGUAUCGAUGCCUUUGUCACCAGCACUUCCCAGUCAGUCCUUGGAAUGGAAAUAACCAUCCUCAUUGUGCUCGGCAUGUACGCCCUUUGCCAUCCUUUUCGCAGUACGACUGACAACGUUAACACCAUACUCAUCUUGGUGAACAUAUCUCUGAUCGGGGUGCUUACGCAGCUUGCUUACUCACAGGAUGGCUACGAUGACCAGAGAAACGUGGUCACGUUUGCCGUGGUUGCUCGACUUAUACUCUUGUACCUACCCAUCGUGGCUGUAGUCGCAAAUGCCGUCAGGUGGAUUGCGUGCCUAUACAAGAAGGGGAGGGAAGAUGGGGCUAAUGAAACUGAAGAAAAUUUGCCCGAAAGGCAGGAAAAUUCUCCUGGUGCAGUGAUUGAUCACUCCUACCUCCCCUUCCAGGAGAUUUCAGUAGGAUCGUUGGAUCAAUCAGCAGCAGUAGAAACGUCCUACUCUUACAGAGAAAGGGAGGAACUCUUGGCAUACAUAUGAGUGUUACUUUUGUUACAAUGGAGCUGCUUCGUCACACGGUUGCAGCCCCUAACUGGCUAAAGUAAACAUUGGGAAACAAAUACGGAAUGUGUGUUUUACUGCACAAUGGAUGUGUGUUUCAGAAACCCAUGCAUUUCACUUUCAUAAUCCAUGUGU